UAUAGUUCAAGUGUGUCUUUCUUUCCUUUAGUGUUUGGCUAGACUAUCAUAUAGAAGAUAACGGCGCUAUUACAUUUGCUUCCUGACAUGGGAGAUCCACAGAACAGAAAUAAGCUGAUUUCAUACUGUGUGGGUUGUGGGCAUCAGAUCCUGGAUCGCUUCAUUCUGCGGGUUUUUCCUGAUCUCGAGUGGCACGCGCAGUGUCUGAAGUGCGCAGAGUGCCAUCAGCAUCUGGACGAGUCCUGCACCUGCUUCAUCAGAGAUGGGAAAACCUUCUGUAAAGACCACUACAGCAGAUUAUGCAGUAAAUGUGCAAAAUGCCACAAAGCCUUCAUCAGCAAGGAGUAUGUCAUGCGAACAGGAGUGAAUAUUUAUCACAUCCAGUGUUUUCGAUGUGAGAGCUGCAAUCGUCCGUUACUCCCUGGAGAUGAAUAUGUUCUGCGGGAUGGUCAACUGCUCUGUACAGACCAUCAUGAGUUUAACAAAUUAAAGUCUGGCUCAAAUAACCAACAGAAGGAGACUGCAGAGCCAUUUGAGGGUCUGAAAUCCACAGCAUCCUGGAGGAGGUCAGAGAGAGCCACCCGCGUGAGGACGGUUCUCAGUGAGUCCCAGCUCCGCAUGCUACAGACCUGUUACUGUGCCAAUCCCAGACCCGAUGCCCUCAUGAAAGAGCAGCUUGUGGAAAUGACGGGCCUCAGUCCUCGGGUCAUUCGCGUCUGGUUCCAGAACAAGCGAUGCAAAGAUAAGAAAAGAAGUCUGAUGAUGAGACACACACAGAAGCAGCUUGAGGGCCAUCUGGUUUCAGAGGAUCCAAUGCUAGCCAGUCCAGAGAGCCAGGACAGUGACAUGAUGAUAAGCCCACCAUGGAAACUACUGACCGACUUUAUUCUGCAAAAGGAUGCUGAACACAGAUCAUACCAGCAACUGCUUUCUUUAUCAAAGGAAGCUCCUUGUUCUGCUGGAAGUGAAGCUGUGUCAAUAUCAGCUCAGUUACCAGAGACACCCAACAGCCUGGCAGCGAGUGCCACGGACAUCAGCGAGUGAACUGAGUCUCUCCCAUCUCAAAAAUGGAUGGCGUAUUCCUGCAAUACCAGAGGCUGCAGUUUCAGAACCGCAGACCUAGGACCCAUUUCUAGAACCCUCGUUUUUUGUAUGUACUAGCAGUUCAUACCAUUUUAGAGCAUUACUAUUCAAUUCUGUAUUUGUAGUAUUAAUUUUCAGGAAUGGUUUAGUUGUUUUAUUAUUUAAAUUUAAUUGAUAUAUUGCCCUAACCAACCCCUAACCCUAAACACAACUGUUGGUAACACUUUUUCCUAUAUUCUGGAUUUAAAUUCAGUUUUGAUGGAAAGAAAGAGCUUAUUUUCAAAACACAAGCAAGAUAUUUUCUGUGUACGUAGGACAUGAGACUUCCUUUUCAUUAGCUGCAGCUUGGCGUGGUAAAACUGUUUGCGCCUGCAAACUAGUGUGUUUAUUAGUAUGUUAAUAAAUGAAAACAAUAUGAAAACAAAUACCGGUUUACAAUGUCAAUCAAUAAUGAACUGUUUUUGCACAGCUAAAAUAACUGGAGACUGUUGAACAUUCUGUUGAACAUUCUUAAACAUUCAAAUUUAAAAUGGCCGCGCCUGCUCUAAUGUUAAAAAUAAGGUGGAAAAAUAAUAAAAAUGUAAUAACUUCCGUUGGUCUAAUCUUUGCACCUGUUUGUUUUAGAUUUAAUUCAGGUCUCUUCUGUUGGAGCAGCAUUGCCUAGGUGGCGCAGUCACAAAAAACUAGGGUCCUGAAACUGCAGCCUCUGGUAUAGUAUUGACUAAACAGCCAAUGAUUGACAGUUAAUUGUGAGAAUGAUGAAGGACUUCUUUAUAUACAGUACCAUUCACAAGUGUGGGGUUGGUAAGAUUUUUUAAAUGCUUUUGAAAGAAGUCACCAAGGCUACAUUUAUUUGA